CAAAAACUUUGUUAGCUGCCUGCUAACUCUACUCCAUCGUCUGUCAAGCAAUGUUACGAGCCUGAAGCAGCACUUGUGAAAUCCUCGAAAAGAUGGACUGCAAAACAGAGGGUGACGGAGAAUUCUGCAGAUGGGCGAGUUCAGUGCUGGUGAACAGCAAAAAUGACCUUACAUCACGACUGCAACAGUUUGUGGAGGAUAGGAUGCAGACAACCAUGCUCACAGGUGUACUGAUUGGAGCUGCAGUCGCCAUCACACUGAUUGGGAUCGUGGUGCUCUUCCUUUACAGGAGAUAUAAGCUGGCUCGUGAAAAAGAGCCUGGCACACCACAUUAUCGCUUCAGAAAACGUGAUAAAGUGCUCUUCUAUGGGAGGAAGAUCAUGCGGAAGGUCCGGACGCUGUCCUCGAUUCCUCCUCCCACCACUACCUCAGUAUCAAAGCAAGUGCCACGCAUACGCAAAAGAACCAAAGUUCUAAGCAUAGCUCGCAAAAUCCUGAGGAUCCGCAAAGAUCCUCCCACUCUGCAGCCCAAGGAGCCCCCUCCCUCACUGCUGGAGGCUGACCUAACAGAGUUUGAUGUGCAGAGCUCAAACCUGCCCUCCGAAGUCCUCUACAUGCUGAAGAAUGUCAGGGUGUUGGGUCAUUUUGAGAAGCCCCUGUUCCUGGAGCUGUGUCGACACAUGGUGUUUAUCGAGCUGCAGGAGGGUGAAGGUCUGUUCAGGCCAGGAGACGAUGACGACAGCAUCUUCGUGGUCCAGGAUGGACGGCUUGAGCUUAGCAUCCAGGAGAACGAUGGGACAGAACCAGUGGUGAAGGAUGUGCUCCCAGGAGACAGCGUCCACAGCCUGCUCAGUAUCCUGGACAUCAUCACUGGUUAUCCAGCUCCAUAUAAGACUGUAUGUGCACGGGCUGCGACUCGCUCCACCAUCCUACGUUUACCUGCAUCAGCCUUUGAGUCUGUGUUUAAGAAAUACCCAGAGACACUUGUUCGCGUCAUUCAGAUAAUCAUGGUGCGGCUCCAAAGAGUCACCUUCUUGGCGCUUCAUAACUAUCUGGGCCUAACAACUGAGCUCUUCAAUCCGGAGAGUCAGGCAGUGCCCUUGUCCAAUAUAAACAAUGUGAUGGGAGAGGCGGCUUCUGGGAAGACGACUCGUCGUUUGCACUUCCAGGACGAGUUACCCGCUGGGACCACGGAGAGCCCCACAGAGACAGAUGGUGUAAAGGACAGCCCUUCAAAUAGCUACAGGAAGCCGCGAUCCACCUCGGCGCCCGCCGACUGCGCAGGUAUCGACCUGAACAUGGCUUGCGAACGAGCCCGAGUCACUAUAGAUGAAGCUCCACCCAGUCCUGUCAUUCCCAAAUCUAGUCUAAAGAAGAGUGUUACAAUGCAGCACACGCCCUCUGAAGUGUUUCACUACACAGACGGUGGGGGGCACUCUGAUGCCAUCUACCUCAGUAAGAGCUGCACAAUCCUCCAGGCUGCAAAGAGGGACCUGCUGGGAAUCAUCCAGCUGCAGGACCCCAGUCUGCUUGAGGGCAGAGUGACCCUCCAUCAAGUCAAAGCUGGCUCCGUGGUGGCUCGUCAGGGAGACCAGGAGGUGAGCAUCCAGUUUGUGAUUUCUGGCCUCCUCCACGUUUACCAGCGGAUGAUUGAUCGUGAAGAAGACACCCGUCUGUUUGUGACGCACCCUGGAGAGCUUGUAGGUCAACUCGCCGUCCUGACUGGAGAGCCGCUCAUAUUCACUGUUCGAGCUCAGCGAGACUGCAGCUUCCUCUCCAUUUCCAAAACCCACUUCUAUGAGAUAAUGCGUGUGGAGCCGCAGGUAGUGCUGAACGUUGCUCACACAGUGGUGAGGAGGAUGUCAUCUUUUGUCAGACAGAUAGACUUUGCUCUCGACUGGAUGGCUGUGGAGGCUGGCAGGGCAGUCUACAGGCAGGGCGAGAAAUCGGACAGUACUUUCAUCGUGCUGAGCGGUCGACUGCGCUCUGUAAUCAUGAAGGAAGAUGGCAAGAAGGAGCUGAUAGGAGAGUACGGACGUGGCGACCUGAUUGGAGUGGUGGAGGCCUUGACCCAUCAGAACAGAGCCACCACAGUGCACGCUGUACGAGACUCUGAGCUGGCCAAAUUACCAGAGGGAGCUCUCAGCUCUAUCAAAAGGAAGUUCCCACAGGUUGUCACCAGGUUGAUCCACUUACUAGGACAGAAGAUCCUCCAGCAGGUCAAUGGUCCUCUGACAGCUCGCAGUUUGGCCCUCCACACUCCUGGCAGUAAGUGGGAUGCAGGGAACCAGGCCUCCAACCUCUCCACUGUGACAGUCUUGCCUGUGUCAGAAGAAGUGCCUCUCACUGCCUUCACCAUGGAGCUGCAGCAUGCACUCCUGGCAAUAGGUCCCACUCUUCUGCUGACUAGCGAUAUUAUCAAACAGCGACUUGGAGUUGCAGCACUAGACAGUGUCCACGAGUACCGUCUGUCCAGCUGGCUGGGCCAGCAAGAAGACAUCCAUCGCAUAGUUCUUUACCAGACGGACUCCACACUGACCCCGUGGACACAGCGGUGCAUCCGUCAGGCCGACUGCAUCAUUAUUGUGGGGCUAGGAGAGCAGGACCCAGCCGUUGGGGAGCUGGAGCGUAUGUUGGAAGGAAGUGCAGUGCGUGCCCAGAAGCAGCUGGUGCUGCUGCACAGAGAAGACGGCCCCCCACCCAAAGGAACUGUGGACUGGCUCAACAUGCGAAGCUGGAUCUCCAGACACCUCCAUCUCUCUUGUCCCCGAAGGGUCUUCUCUAAGAGGAGCCUGCCCAAACUGAUGGAGCUGUAUCAACGUGUGUUUGAGAAGCCAGCAGACCGCCACUCAGACUUCUCCCGCCUGGCUCGAGUUCUAACGGGCAAUGCUAUUGCUCUUAUCCUGGGUGGAGGAGGGGCUAGGGGCUGCUCCCAGGUGGGGGUAAUGCGAGCUCUCUGCGAGUCCGGCAUCCCAGUGGACCUCAUUGGUGGCACCUCUAUCGGUUCCCUGAUGGGGGCACUGUAUGCUGAGGACCGAAGCCACAGCCGCAUGAGGAUGAGGGCCAAAGAAUGGGCAAUGGAAAUGACAUCAGUGUUUAAGAAGGUUCUGGAUUUAACAUACCCAGUCACCUCCAUGUUCACCGGUGCUGCCUUCAACUCCAGCAUCAGCAAUGUCUUCAAGAGCAAACAGAUUGAGGACCUUUGGAUCCCAUAUUUUAACAUCACAACUGACAUCACUGCCUCUGCCAUGAGAGUACACACUGAUGGUUCUCUGUGGCGGUAUGUUCGUGCCAGCAUGUCGCUGUCUGGGUAUCUGCCUCCUCUCUGCGACCCCAAAGAUGGACACCUGCUGAUGGAUGGAGGUUAUAUCAACAACCUACCAGCUGAUGUGGCACGCUCCAUGGGGGCCAAAGUGGUGAUAGCUAUUGACGUGGGCAGCCGGGAUGAAACCAACCUUACUAAUUAUGGCGACUCACUCUCAGGCUGGUGGCUGCUAUGGAAACGCCUCAACCCCCUAGCAGAGAAAGUAAAGGUGUUAAACAUGGCAGAGAUUCAGACUCGACUGGCCUACGUGUGCUGUGUCAGGCAGCUGGAGUCUGUGAAGAGCAGCGACUACUGCGAGUACAUCAGACCUCCGAUCGACAGAUACAGAACACUGGAGUUUGGCAAGUUUGAUGAGAUUGCUGAGGUGGGAUACCAGCAUGGAAAGACUGUGUUUGACGUGUGGGGCCGCAGUGGAGUGGUGGAGAAAAUGUUGAAAGACCGACACCAGGAGGAGUUCCACCACACCCAAAGCAAGAGUCAUGUGGUAACUUGUCCCAAUGCUUCCUUUACCGACCUGGCAGAAAUUGUGUCACGCAUCGAGCCCGUCAAACCUGCUCUUGUGGAUGAGAAGUCAGAGUACAACACUGACUAUGAAGAGGAGGCAGUGGAGAGUGCUCUGUCUGACAUGGAGCUAUACAAUCGCUAUGGAGAGCACACUGAAGGGGAGGAGACUGCUGACACGGAUGAAGAGGUGGAAGGGAGACACGCACGCCACAUUACCUCACUCACCAGCAGCAACCCCCAGUCUCCCACCGCCUCUGACAGUCCGUCAAACCACGAAGUCCAUUAAGUGAGGACCAGUCUAAUGAGCUCUGCUCGAUCAGGUCGUCACAAUUUAACCUGCCACAUUUUACCCUCCAGUCUGUCCCGCAUGACUCAAAACCUGUCCCCUGUCCCCUGCCCCCACGACCGUCGGCAUGACUGCGAUUACUAUUUUGCCCUCGGUAACCUGGCCUCGUUAGCUGUGUGGCUGACAUAACGAAUGUGCAGCCACUUUUAAAAAAAAUGAAUACGGACAGGUAGUAAUGUACUUAGCUGCAAUCCUAUGCAUUCCUAUUAUAUAAGAGCAGCUGCAAGCUCUAUCAUUUCUCAUAUUGAGAUAGUGGAGAGUGCAUCUGUAGCUUUACAUGAAUCACAUAGACCAAGAUAGAAGGUAGGAGAGGUCGGGAGAUACUAUUUCCAUGAAAUAAUAAUUACAUGAGUCAAGGUGUCAACUUCGGCUGUUGGUUGAUUACAUAAAGAAGAUAGAUUUGAGAUAAAGAUUCACUUCACCUCACUUCUGUUAUCUAGACAUGCAGAUAGUUUUGACGUAUGCAUCUCUGAGAUUUCUGCCACACACAACGUUAAAAGAUACAAGACAAAAAAAAAACUGGCACGUCCAAAGAAAAAUGAACAAAAGGAUAAGACAGAAAAAAAAGUUGCAGAUUUCCUUUUAAUUUAGAUAUCAUCUCAUCAUCUCAGGCCACUGAAAAUCUUUCAAAUUAAAGCACCAAGAUGGCAUAAUCACUCUUUGGUUGCCCUGCUAAUAAUUCCUCUCCACAGUGACGUGUUGAGCAGUCACAAGUAGGCAUUACUGUAUUAUAAAAGUGCAGUCAGCGAUUCUAAUCUAAAUGACUUUGUGUCAUAUUCAGCAAAGAUCUCACGCUCCACUAGCUGUCUGCUCUGUGUGGGCACUGAAGAAAAAUAGACAGAUUUGUUAGAUAGAUAGAUAGAUAGAUAGAUUCAAAAUACUGAAUUCAAUUCACCUCACUUGUAUUUGGAGUGGCAGAAAUCUCAGGGCAAAUAACACCAAAACUAACAACAUAGCUAGAUACCCUGAGAGGAAAGUAAGACUAACAGUCAGUGGCUACUUCAUCAGGUACACCUGUACAAUCUAAUGCAGUCCAAUACAACAGCUCUGUCAUAACAUCGAUCUAUAUAAAGCUAAUAGCGCUCAGUUAUUGGAGACAGUGUUGGAAAUGUGUAAAUUCAAUUAGAUGUUCAUAAUUGAGGUCAAAUGAGGUGUUUCUAUUAUUUUGUCCUCCCUAUUUGCAUACAUUAGGAGGGCAGAAUAUUAGAAACACCUCUGCAUAUAAUGCAGUCCAGUACAACACCAUCAUAUGACCUCAGUGCCCAAAAGAAAACUGAUUACAUGCAUUAUAAAAGUAGACUUUUUUGCAUAACAGUUGUAUUGGAUUACAAUAGAAUGUAUGAUUGUACCUAAUAAAAUGGCAUGUGAGUAUUGCAUUGAUGUAUUAAGUUAGACUUGACAAAAAUCAGAGCCGCUCCUUAUCGUUUUGUGCAUUCAGUCUACGUAACGAUCCACAUCAGCAAGCCUGAUGUAAAAACAGAAAGCGAGCAAAACAAGCAGCGCGCUCUGCGGCCAUGGCUGUCAGCACAGCUUUGUCGCACCCAGUGUGCCAGGGACAUGGAGGGAAGUAAUGAUUGCAAUCCACUUCAAAGCACUGGUUUCCCCUCUCAGCUGGCGAGAGAAGCCUCCCCCCCACCCAUCUGUUUUCUGGCUCGAAUCUAUCAGACACAGACUGAGCGGCAGACAGUGUGGAUCUGUCGAGUGAACUGUGACGCUCCGCUCGCCUCAGUACAGUUUAUGCACAGGGGCUAUUUGCAGCAGCGGGGCAGAUCUUCACAGGAACACAUUGUAACACGAGUUAUUUGGCUUGUCAAGACAUGCUUUAACUUUUUUUUAAGUGACUUGGAUCAGAUUUUUCUUUUCAAACUGCCAUUACGAUGAUCAGAUUUUUGUUGCAUACAUAAUAUUAUCUGAGUAAAAUGAAAAGAGUCUCUGUAGGUCUUGCUUUGAUUUUCUUAACAUCCGUUUGGCUGAUUGAUUAUGCACUUAUGAAGUGUAUUGCUGAGGACCCAAGGGAGUGCGAGCCCUUAAAGUAGAUCUGUGGAACAUUUUAUCAGUAUUGUAUUAUGUUCAUACUGUGUAGCAUAUUGAAAAGGGACCCCCGGUGUUGUAGUCUAGACCAUUUAAUCCAAGACCAAGUCAUAAGCAGUCAUGAGUCAAGGCCAAAGUGUAAAUUUAAAAUAAGAAAUGAGUUAAGUUAUUGGAUGCAUUAUUAUUGCAUCAUAUCACUGUGAUGAUGUUAGCCAACAAAUCAAACAAUGCACAGACAAUGUAGUGAUAUCCCCCGCAGCUGUGGACUCGACCGGUCUUGAAACAAAAUCCUGCAUACUCUUUAGUCCCGUUUCCAUCAAACAUGUUCAGUAUGGUACCUUUGUAACCAAAAGUAACCCUUCAGACAUGGUACCUAGACCCUAGUGUUUCCACCUCAAACAGUACUCUUAAAUGUGAGUGGGGUUGUUGUCACUCACUGCUCCGUCCAGCACUCACUGUAUUUCCUCAUUCCUCAUUACCAGUGACACCAGUCUGCAUCUCGUUUAUCGUCCACAGAACGGGGUUGCACACAGGCCCAGAUCAAAAUAAAACAGGCUGCAGUGAGAGUCUCUCUCCAUGGGAUAUUUAAAUUUUUCCCACUUGUUAUGUGUAUGUCAUGGGAGAGGCAGAAAAACAUUCAUUGUAUAGUUACAAUUUACUAAUAAAACUCUCCACGGUAUGAACAGUGGCUACAUGAAACCAGCCACAACUCAGCCUUGAGCAGAGUGACUGUCCUCUAUUGACCAAUCAGACUGCAGUGUUCACAGC